GGCGCUAUGACAAAUGUUACAGUAUCUUCUCCGUAAACGGGACAUGGAUCUCAGCUGGAAAAGAAUGCUGGAUAAGAAAACAACGGCUUGUUUCGAUUCGUUCCUUGGAUGAAAUGAAGCUGAUCAGAUAUAUACUACGGAAUUUUAAACUCCUUGACAUUGAUUCUAAUUUGUUCCGCACAGCUUUUAGACAUGACAAAAUUGAGUACUAUUAUGCUUACAUAGGUCUACAUCGAGUUUUAGGAGAAAAAGAUACCAGACUGUUCGAAUAUUGGGAAAAUGCCACCCCUGUCACAUAUUCCGCCUGGAAAGCUGGCGAACCAUCAAGAGGAGAUUGUACAAAAAUGGGAUUUUAUAAAGCAACGGACAAUAACACUUGGGAGUCGGUUGACUGUAACGAGCAAGCUGCUUUUUAUUUCGUAUGUGAAUAUAACAUUGGCAGCAGGUCAAUAGAUAUACAAGAUCGUGUAUUUCCUCGAGAUUACGCAGGAAACCAUAGCCUAACAUCUACAGGAUUCACCUGUCAGCGCUGGGACUCUCAACAACCGCAUCAACAUUAUCUGAACAAAGAUGAUUUUUUCCCCGAUACAUCUGUUUCUGAUGCUUCUAACUAUUGCCGUGAGCUUGGAAGAGGAUAUUUGUGGUGUUUCACUACGAAUCCUAAGGUUGAAACGGAUGUUUGCUACCCAAACGGUAUACACGUCUUAGUAAAAUAUGACGAGUCCUUUUGAAGCUUUUAAUUGUAGAUGUCUAUAGUGCUAACAUCCUGCAUUCAUUAAAUCAAAAUUACUUCAUACAUAUAUAUAUAUAAUUGGCGCCGUUAUG